AUGGCUUCGUGUAGCUACUUCUUGCUCUUGUUCAUCCAUAUUUGCUUGUUGUUGGGCUUGUCCUUUUCUGAAGAUCCAUCUGUUAGCUAUGAAUUUGCUGUCUCCUAUAUUACUGCUUCUCCUCUCGGUGUUCCACAGCAGGUUAUUGCUAUAAAUGGGAAGUUUCCAGGUCCCACAAUUAAUGUGACCACUAACAACUAUGUUGUUGUUAAUAUGAGGAACAAAUUAGAUGAAGAUCUCCUUAUGCAUUGGUCUGGUAUACAACAGAGGAGGAGUUCUUGGCAAGAUGGGGUUCUAGGAACAAAUUGCCCUAUCCCUCCAAAGUGGAAUUGGACUUAUGAAUUUCAGGUUAAGGACCAGAUUGGGAGCUUCUUUUACUUCCCUUCACUCAAUUUUCAGAGGGCUUCGGGCGGGUUUGGCACAUUUAUUAUUAAUAACAGAGCUAUUAUUCCGAUUCCUUUUGACACCCCUUAUGGGGAUAUCACAAUUGUGAUUGGUGACUGGUACACCCAAAAUCACACGGCUUUGAGGAGAACCCUUAAUUCCGGGAAAGAUCUGGGAAUGCCAGAUGGUGUACUAAUUAACGGAAAAGGACCUUAUAGAUACAACGAUACUCUUGUUCCUGAUGGGAUUGAUUAUGAAACAAUUACAGUCCACCCAGGCAAAACUUACCGGAUUCGUGUUAGCAAUGUUGGAAUAUCAACUAGUUUGAACUUCAGAAUUCAGAACCAUAACCUGCUUUUAGCAGAAACUGAGGGUUCGUAUACAGUACAGCAGAAUUAUACCAGCUUAGAUAUUCAUGUUGGUCAAUCAUACUCGUUUUUAGUAACCAUGGAUCAAAAUGCAAGCAGUGAUUACUACAUUGUUGCAAGUGCCAGGUUUGUGAAUGAAACAGUGUGGCAAAGAGUCACUGGUGUUGGUAUCUUGCAUUAUACUAACUCAAAAGGGAAGGCAUCUGGUCCUCUUCCCGACCCACCACAAGACCAAUAUGACAAAACCUUCUCGAUGAACCAGGCGAGAUCAAUCAGGUGGAACGUGUCUGCCAGUGGUGCUCGACCAAACCCUCAAGGUUCUUUUAGAUAUGGUUCGAUUAAUGUGACUCAGGUGUAUGUGCUCAAAAACAAGCCGCCGGUAAUGAUUGAUGGGAAAAGGCGGACUACUCUUAGCGGGAUCUCCUUUGUCAACCCCUCUACCCCAAUCCGGCUUGCUGACCAAUCCAAAGUUAAGGGUGUGUACAAGCUUGAUUUUCCCACCAGGCCACUUACUGGUCCACCUCGGAUGGAAACAUCUGUUAUAAAUGGUACUUAUAGGGGAUUUAUGGAAGUGAUAUUGCAGAACAAUGAUACUAAAGUAUAUACAUAUCACAUGAAUGGAUAUGCAUUUUUUGUGGUGGGAAUGGAUUAUGGUGAGUGGACGGAUAAUAGCAGGGGCACGUACAACAAGUGGGAUGGAAUUGCUCGCACUACAGCACAGGUUUACCCUGGUGCAUGGACGGCAAUCUUGAUCUCACUAGACAAUGUCGGAGUUUGGAACAUCAGGACCGAGAACCUCGACUCAUGGUACCUAGGCCAAGAAACCUACAUCAGAGUUGUCAAUCCAGAGCCCAAUAACAAAACCGAGUUUCCAAUGCCAGAUAAUGCCUUAUUCUGCGGUGCACUUCACAGAUUGCAAAAGCCGCAAGAUAUAUCUUUUGCAACUCCAACUGGGGGCAAUGGAUCAAAAAUGUUACUCGAUAGCAGGACAUUUAAGCACACCGCAUUAGGUUUGGCUGUACUGGCAAGGAUUCUUUCCCCUUCUGGACCAAGAUGGCCAGCCUGUGAUGAUGGUUCUUUUCAGAUUUUCACGUGGCUGGUUGGGAAUGCUUUAUGA